GGACAGUUCAGUUUCAGGGUGGUUUCUAUCGCUGCAAAUUGUCAAGCAAUUGCAACAUGAAGAAAACCAAUGUGGUGGAUCUUGACAAACUUUUAGAGGACUUCUCACAUAUAGAAAUGAAAAUAUCAGAACUUCAUGGAAAAAAUCAUCUUCUGAAUCUUGAGUUGGACAAAACAAAUAAAUUGAUGACAAUUAGCCAGUCAAGGAAAGAAAUGGCUAAACAAGACUGUGCUACAUUUCAGAAUGUGAUUAAAGGUCUUCAACAAACUAUAGACCAAUAUAAUCUGAGAGAUGAAAAUGAGAAGCUCGAAAACACAAUCCAGAUUUUAGAAGAGAAAUUGAAGACGCAUGAAAAGGAACAUGAAAAUAUGGUUGAUAAACUCAUUAUAGAAAUAAAAAACAAGGAGAAGGAACACAACCACGAACAGAACAAACUUCACAGCGACAUGAACAAGCAACUUGAAAGCAACAUGGAAGAGCAUAAGAAACUAAUGGAGAAGAAAAAUCUAGAGAUUUUUGAACUAACUAAACAACUGAAAGCUCAAGAAAAGGAAAAGCAGAAUGAGAUAAUCAAAUUACAAAUAGAGUUCAAUACUAAACUGGAAAGGCUGCAGACCAAAACACUGAAAGUACAGGCUAACCCCGCAGGACUCCCUCAAAAUAUCUAUAGAAAGAAGCUCCAGCAUCUUCAAGAAGAAAAGAACAAAGAAAUUGAAUUUCUUCGAAAUACUAUCAAAGACUUAGAAGAAAAGCUCAAUAAACGUAAAGAUUGCAAUUUUAAACUACGGCAAUUUUGAGAAUAACAUGAGACCACAAGUUUUACUUAGGAGACAGAACUGAAUGGGCGACACACAUUGAAUUCAAAUAUAUUUUCAUUUAUUAAAACAUGGUUUGUCCAUUUGCAAGAUCUCCAGUUGUGUAUACUGAACUACUUUCCCUCUUGUAAGCAUUCACCAUAAAAUAAUUCAGGUUUUAUAGGGGUAUGAUUUCCCUACCAAACCAUCAUGAACUAUGGCAAACACAAUCUAAAGAGUUUCCCUCUGUUCAACAUUUUCUUUCCUCUCUAAAACUUGCAAAAAUUCAGUUGAUUUCAGAAAUUUCAGAAACAACAAGACUAUUUUGGUACAUAAAGAUAGACAUUAUAUAAACAUGCUUCAUCACUUACAAAAGAUUGUCCACAUCACUGGUUAGCAGAAAUGAUGGUUAAGUGUUAAGUCUCAAAUUUUAUUACCAGAUACUUAUGCUUAUCCUUCAAUGAAAUUACUAUUUGUUUCAUCCCAUCACUCUCACUUCAUGUUUUUAAAGACUGUUAUUCCAAAUUCGAAACAACUAUAAGAGUGAACAGUUUCAGAAAUACAGAAAUUGAUUUUAAUAGGUCUUGUUAUAGGACUCACACUUCAUAACAUAAAAUCUGAUGUCAAGAGUAGUGAAUUCUGUAGACUUCUUGGUGAUAAUAUCUGGUUAGAAUACUACGCACAAAAUUCUGUACAAUUAUCUUAAAUGACUUUAGAGUUUUGGAGAAAAACAUUUUCAUUUAUUCACUUGGUUUUAACCCAUAAUUGUAAAACAUAGUUAGCAAAUCUUUCCUUAUCCUCUCCUGUUCUUAUUUGCUCCGUAUCCAACAGAAGCCCCUAGGUCAUAGUUUUAGCUCCUGUUUUCAUGAAUGCAAACAGAAUGGUAGAAGAGGAAACCAAAAAGAAAAGCUAAUGAACACCACAGACAUAUGGAACUGGCACUGAGAAACAACUCCAUAUCAUUAUGGGAAAGUUUUGUUCUUACUAUUUAAGGCAAAGUCAGAUGACAAGGACU